AUGAAAGCCGCUUUGGCUAUUCUUUUGGCGCCGCUGGCCGCCCUCGCCACGCCACUGGGUAUCGCGCCCAAUAACAUUGAAUCUCGCUCAAACGGAAUUAUAAAGCGACAAGCAUCCGUCAGCAUUGACCAGCUCUACAAGAAGAGAGGUGGGCUCUACAUUGGUGUCUCCGGCGACAAUGGUAUUAUGCAGCAAGGGAAGACGGAGGCUAUUAUAAAGGCAAACUUUGGUCAAGUUACACCGGAAUACUCCAUGAAGUGGGAGGCUACGGAACCCACCCGAGGCAACUUCACGUGGGGCAAUUCCGACUAUCUCGUUAAGUGGGCGCAAGCCAACGGUAAAUCUAUUCGCGGCCAUACGUUGUUAUGGCAUACUGCGUUGCCGACAUGGGUUUCGGAUAUCAAGGACAGAAACGUCCUCUCUUCGGUUCUGCAGAAGCACAUCAAGGCCGUUGUUGGGCGUUACAAGGGCAAGAUUAGGUCUUGGGACGUUGUCAAUGAAAUCUUCAACGACAACGGGUCGCUCCGUAACAAUACUUUCUUUAAUGUCAUGGGUGAAUCCUACGUGGGCGUUGCUUUCCGCGCGGCUAGGGCUGCUGACCCGGCUGCCAAGCUCUAUAUCAAUGAUUACAAUCUGGACAACAAAGACUGGGGAAAGAUUCCCGCGUUGGUCAACAAGGUUAAUCAGUGGAUCUCACAGGGUAUUCCCAUUGAUGGGAUUGGUACGCUUUCGUCCUCACAAAUAGGAUAUGCAUCAUCGGCUAAACAUUUGGCCGCAAACAUGUCGAGCAAUAUCGAAGGAGCACUCAAGGCCCUGGCGGCCGCUCGUGUUUCUGAGAUUGCCAUCACUGAGCUCGACAUUAGAAACGGCCCGCCGGCUGAUUGGGCAACCGUUGUUGGCGCGUGCCUCAACGUGCCAAAAUGCCGCGGUAUCACAGUUUGGGGAGUGAGCGACAAGCAAUCUUGGCAAAGUGAAGUAAAGCCGCUUCUCUUCGACGAGAACUUUGAGCCUAAGCCGGUAUACACUGCUAUUGUGAACAAGCUGAAGAAGUGGUGA